UCCUUUAUGAUUCAGGAUCUUAACACUCAGACAAAGCUGUCUUAUGAAUUUGACACUAAAAAAAUCUUUUGGUUUCAAUUACAAAAAAUUAUUCAGUCGUAAUCAAGCUUUGACGCCUUCAACAUCGUCUUCUAGAUAAUACAACCUCAAAAACUUUUUAUAUAUUUCCAAUAAGUUUUAAUGAAGAGUUAAAUUUUGAUGUUGUGAGUGUUAAAUGCAUUGUGACUUCAAGAUUUGUCAAACUUAGAAGUAAAAUAUGAAUUCUUUAAUUUAAAAUUUCAACAAUGACUAUUAAAUAGUUGAAUAUUAAAUAAUUUUUUGCUAGUAUUACUCUUAGAACUGUUUGAUAGCUUAGCUUAUCAGUAUCUGUGAAUAGUAUCCGUUUCCGGGCAGUGUGAUCACCAAAAUGAAGUCAUCCGGGCUGUUGAAACUAGAAAACGGCCUUACGUUCGUCCUCGUCCUUGUUCUGACAACCGCGGAACCUUUACCAUCGACAGAAAACAUUUGCACCAGGAUUGAAAAUUACACGGUGACGGAAAGAGAACAGUACCAAGAACCAGUGGUGGUGACUACUGCUACAUGGUGUGCAGAAUUCCCAUUUAGAUGCGUGCGCAAUCGUAUUGAGAUGAGAACGCAAUUUAGAAUUAAGAGUGAAGUAAAGCAACGAAAUAUAACCGAGUGCUGUGAGGGAUACACCAAACAAAAAUACAAAAUCGAUAACUAUUACACCGAGAAAUGUAUCCCUCUGUCAAACUGCAGCGCAGGGCUCAUUGGGGACAAAUGCGAUAUCGAUUGUCCAAAAGGAACAUGGGGUAUCUCAUGCCAACAAACAUGCAGUUGCGGGACUAAGGGUUUCUGCAGCGGGAUCAACGGAACUUGUCGCUGUCUGCCGGGAUGGAGAGGCUCUAAUUGCACAGACAAAUGCCCACCCGGAAAAUGGGGUCACGAUUGCUCGGUACCAUGUUCCUGCAUCAAUGGAUUUUGCCAUCAUGAAACCGGAGAAUGUACAUCAACUAAUACUACCUCGGAAAUCCAUCAAUUAUUUGUAACUGAGAACAACGAGAGGCAUAAAACGAGUGUCACCCCCGCAGAGACAACUAAAUCGCAGGUGAAUGGAAUAAAUAGUCCUGGUGAUAAUUAUAAUUUAAUACCCGAUAAUUCAGAGCUGAAACUAGCCGGCAGUGAGAUUUCCACUGAAAUGACAUCGAAAUUGGAAUUACCAGCAAUUAACUCAGUAAUUAUUACAGCGAACAAAGGUACACCUACGACUUCGUCAAAUGCAUUUGCGACUACAACAGACUCGGCGACGGUGACGAAGGUCGAUACGUCAACAUCAACAUCGGACUCUACGUCAACAUCAAUUUCUACGUCAACAUCUACAACCCGUCCAAUCGUGGCGGUUUUACACGUUCCGCGAAAACCCAAUAGUAACCAAAUCAUUACGAGCUCCAUUGGAACAGGAUUACACGACUCGCUGGAAGCGGAUAAAAUUCCGGUUCACGUUCCGAUGUCAUUAGAUAUCAUAGCGUUUAUCGUUAUAGGGUCAAUAAUAUCUCUGGGGCUGACAAUAAUGGCAGCCCUCGCUAUUCUUCACGUUCGAGCAAAACUUUACGAGACUCUUAGAGUUUCGAUUUACGACACAGAAAAAUUCUCCGGAGAUCAUAAUACUAACAGUAACACGUUUUCUGCAAGGACAAGAACGAUGUCACCUAUUCCGCCGACUCCGACGCCAAAAUUCCCGACGUUGACGCGCGAAAAAGGCGCCGACGUACACACGAUCAGUCGCAAUAGUCACAUACUUACGCCCGUACGUGAUUACGAAAUUCCCAGGUGUAUUAUUCCGGAACGACCCGGAACUUUACCGAAAUCAAAUUCUGUAGCACGUGAAUCAACUUGCUCUAAUCAAUAUCUAAAUAUUCAUUUAUGCAAUGAUUUACGAGAUCUGUUAGAAGCUCACUACGAUCGGCCUCCUUCGAAUCCCUUUCGUCAACUUUCGUUCCAAACAAACACCGAGGGUGAACAUCUCUAUGACGAAAUUCCUCUUCAGACAACAACUUUUUCAUCCAAACCAGAGUCGCCUAAUUAAAUUUAGUUUUUAAAAUAAAUCAU